AUGGCACCCGCCGCACCACCUCUACCGACGAGGUUCCCAUGUUGGUGUAGAGCUGUAUACUCAUGGGGAGGAGAGUCGAAACGAGAUCUGGGAUUCAUCGAGGGAGAUCUGAUAGAAUGUCUGAAUGCUGGUGAUGGUUCGUGGUGGGUAGGCAGACUAUACCGAGAUCGAAGGACCGUCGGAUCAUUCCCUUCCAACUUUGUCGAGCUUCUCCCUUCUCAAUUCCGCCCAACAACCAAAUCGGUUCCGGCUCCUGUACCAAACGCACCGCCAAGUACUGCACCGACAAAGUCCAGAACAUUUCGAAAGCCAUUCGAAGCAUACGCCAAGGCUCCUCACUACACCAGUGCGAAACAACCCGAGAUCUUCAAAGAGACCCCAAAACCUAAGGAACGACAAAACUCUGGCGCUUCAUUCGCCCCUAGUACUCAUGAAACGGAACGAGGCCCAUCACCUGCACCUCCUCAGCCAUAUAACCACAGAGCACCUUCACCUGCACCACCUCAAGUGUACGAUCACCGGGCUCCUUCGCCAGCACCCUCACCGGCCCCUUCUCACCACUAUGGCUCACGGGCUCCAUCUCCAGCUCCUAUGCACAACUACCACUCGAGGGCUCCCUCACCUGCGCCAAUUCAAAGUUACCACCAUUCAAGAGCUCCAUCACCAGCUCCUCCUCAUGGUUACGAUGCAAGGGGGCCUUCUCCUGCUCCUCCAAUGCACCAAAGCUAUGGCUAUGCUUCAAGAGGUCCAUCGCCCGCGCCAUCUUUCCAUCGUCAAAUAGUACCUUAUCGAGGAGGACAAGACAGAGGUAACUCACCGCCUCCCCCACCACCACCUCCUCACCGGCAAAUGACGAGAGGAGGAUCCAACGAUCUGCAUAGGAGAUCUAUUGAUAUCUCACGUCAUGGAUCCAAUGCCUCUUUCCAACCCUUCUCACCCUCGAGGCAAAAUUCAAAUAAUUCCUACCGACCGCCACAACCACCACAACCAACAAUUAGGCAUGGAUCUAGAGGAUCUUUCGAUGAUAGGUCAUAUAUGCCAUAUACCCCUGGUAGGAACUCCCCUGUUCCACCAUCACCAGCCGGAGGUAUGACGCCUUCUCCAUUGAGAGAGGCCAUGGAUGGUGUCAUGGAGCAAUUAGACGUGCUAGGUGGUGGUCUCGGAAGGCCUGGCCCAGCUCCUUCACCUGAGCCACCUGCCGAUCCUUGGUCUCCAGAAUCCUUUGAUAUGCUGUCUCAUCGUUCAAAUAAAAGGGACCAGGGGCGAAGCAGACCUAAAACCUCGAUGGGAAUCGCGCAAGAUGAGGGAUAUGAAACAUAUAGCGGCGAAUCGUCUCAAGAGGUGUCUUAUCAAGGCGGAGGAAGAGAAGAUAAGCUCAGCAGCUAUGUUGAUCGCAUGGAAAAGCGGUUUCAGCAAAUGCAUCGUCAGAACUCAAGGACUAGCGAGCCUGAUGACGAUCAGCCACCUCCCCCGCCCCCUAAGAAUGUGCCGUACGAGCGGCCGAAGUCGUCUAUGGGCCGGUCCAUUGAGCCUGAACGAAAGCUACGAGCUCGCAAGUCGGCGUAUGAGAUUGGAAGAGGAGUCGCCCGCACAUUAACAACAAAAACCAACUCGACCAAUUCCUCGUCGGGCAAUCAGAGCAACACCAGCUCAUCAACACAGAGCACUUCAAGAACCUUAUGGAGCGGAACAUCAGCUGGUGCUUUCAGUACUACUAGUGCUGGAAGCCUCGCACGCUCAGGCAAGCGUCAACGUGCCCAAAGCGCCCUGGGAGCACGAGACUUGGAGAUUGAUAGGCCAGACUCUCCUUUCACAGGAGUUACCUAUCACAGCAGCCAUGCAAGUGACUCUCCAGCGCAACAGCGUCCCCAGACCCAAGCCGGCUUCCAUGAUGAUCCUUCCUUGGAAUUAGGAGGCUUGGUGCAACCGAAACCACCCAAGAGGAACAUCUUUCGUAAGAUAUUUGACACUGCCAAAACAGGUGUUGCGAGCAGCCGGGGCGGUUUGGUUGCUGGUGGUCUCGGCAUGGACUCGCCAAAAUCACCCUUUGCUCGUUCAAUGCCAGCUGGAGCUUCGCCUAUGCCAGGUAUGGGUAGCACGCCUCCCAACAGAGACGUUGCGACAGAAAUGGGGCUUAGUGGCGGUGUUGAUUGGGUCCAGGUCCGGCGUGAUGUGAAUCGUUCCAACUCGCUCAGCACAAUAGAGUUGACUGAGCGCCGAGAGCGAUGUCAAAUGAUGGAUCACCCUGCCCUUAAUCCUGUCGAUGAGCUCUAUGAGGGCGUCGAAGGAGAUGAGGGAGCUGACGGGGAGCCAGUCCAGGAACCCACCAACUACCAAGGGAUUAACUUGUCUCAAGUAGACAAGAGCUCCCGAUUCAUCAGCGGUCUUCCUCCCGCCAUAACAGCUAUCCAACUUGCCACUACAUACGUAUGCCGACCGUACAGGAGCGAGGUACAGCGGCUGCGAGCAAUCUUCACGUGGGUCUCCGAAAAGAUUUGCUGGGAAGAGGACUUUGAGGGUGAAAUCGACACAACACGAGUUAUCCAGGCCAAAAGGGCAUGCGCUGAGGAGUAUGCUGUCCUGGUGAUGGAUAUGUGUUCUGCGAUCGGUAUCCACUGUGAGAUCGUUCGAGGCUACCUCAAGUCCCCAGGCGAAGUUUCCGAAAUUAACAUCAUGCCUCGACCCAAUCACUGGUGGAAUGCUGUUCUCGUUGACAAUGAGUGGCGCAUGAUUGACUGCUGUCUUGCCAGUCCCUCGUAUCCUCGGCGAGGUUUAUACUCCAAUGCAAAUAACACAGCUGAUCCCUGGUGGUUCUUGACCAGGCCACUGGAGAUUUGCUGGACGCAUAUCCCAGAGCAUCACAGUCAGCAGCACAUCGUACCUCCUGUCGCACAUGAAACACUCCUCAACCUGCCAUGCGCUUGUGCGCCGUUCUUCCGCAAUGGUUUCGAGAUGGUGGAUUAUAAUACUGCAUUGACUCGAAUCGAAGAUCUGGAGAUGGUUCAUAUCAAAUUCAGUGUUCCAUGCGACGUGGAGAUCGCCGCCGAGGUCGAAGUCCGAGGUUAUUCGAGAGAUUCAGACGGAGAUGUAUUUGAAAGCGGCGAUAUCGUCAAGAAGAGGGCACUGGCUCAAGCUGAAUGGUUCAAUGGCAUCAAGCGAUACACUGUCAAAGCUCUACUACCUGGAGAUGAAGGGCAGGGAACCUUGAAGAUUUAUGCUGGCAAGCGAGGUCUUAUGCAUAGCAUCAAGGAUAUUCCACACCCCCUUGCCUUUGCAUUGCCUAUUGUCCACACAGGCGAAAACCCGCCUUAUGAGUUUGUUACAAGGCAUCCAACUCCUCACGCACAGCGGCAUGAUAUCUAUGUGGUUCAGCCGCAGUGCCAAAGGCUUGCACUUAACAAUACUUUUGUCUUUGCCAUCAGACAGCAUCCAAGUUCGCUGGGUGGGUCGGCACUUACACCGUCGUCUAAUCCAGGCGGCACCAGCCCCAUACCGUUCGCCCGCCCCAGUUCAGCGCUGAGCAUGAAUGCGUCAAGUGUUAGUGGCUCGACCCCAAGCUCAGCUACGGGCACUGUGGCUGGGAAGAAGCCUGCCAAACUGGCAAUCCAGACACCAGGAGGCAAGAUCCUCCGUCUUAUGAGGAAGGAGGAUCGUAAGGGUAUUCACGUUGGAGGCCGAAGUCUUUCAGGCAGCGAAACCGCUAGUGAUGGUGGAACCUGGGAGACAAUAAUCAAGUGUUCAGAGAAGGGUGGCCAACAAGGCUCACAGCAACCGCUGCCAGUACCCGGAAUGAAUCCGCCUUCAUCGUAUAUGCCCGGCGGCUACCAGCAGUAUACGAAUCCUCAACAGCAGCAGCAGUUCUAUUCGAUGCCCCCACAGCAAGGUCAGCAGCAACAACAACCGUACCUUCAGCAGCAGCAGAUGGCGCAGUUCGGGGGCAUGCAGACGGCUUUUCAGGGAUAUGACACAGCUGGACAAGCGUAUGGGGGGCACCAGAUGCAGGCAGCUGCCGCGCAAUAUACACCUCCAGCGAAUGUUUGGCAGCAGCAGCAAUCUACGGGAGGGCAGAGCAUGAUGUAUCAGCAACAAUAUCAGCAACCGCAUCAUCAACAGCAGCAACAUAUGUACCAGCAGCACGUCGCGUCGCCUCAACAACACGUUCAACCGAGAAGGCAGUCUGGCCACGUCCCUUCGCCGCAGCAAAGGCCCUCUUCGAUACCACAAAACCAAGGAUAUCCACUCCCCCAGGCGCAGCAACAACGGUCUCAACACCAACAGUAUUCGCAGCAGCAUACGCCACAGCAACAAUACCAGCAGCAGCAGCAACAUACGCACUAUCAGCAGCAGCAUCAGGUGACGGCUCCUCAGCCAUCACCGCAACCUACACCAAAGCAGGUAGCCUCGCCGGCUCAGCCACAGGCUCGACAAAUAAAACAGAGCCAGCAGCCACGCCAAGACCCUUCGAAACAGCAGCAAGACACAAUUCGACAACCUGUGCAAAAACCUAUGAUAAUAGAUAUAGAUGAGCCCGCAUCGGAGGCUGUGCAACAGCCUGUCUCGGAACCAACUAAGCAACAGCCACUUGCGCAGCAGGAACCGGAGCAGAUGGUCUAUGUGAAUCUGCAAGACAUCCAAAAAAUGCCACCGCUUCCACCAAUAACCAUGGAUCAGACACAAGGCGGCCCUACGCCUCAGACCGGGAAGACAACGAACUGGGACGCGCAGUACGAAUCUGGCACUGUCAAGCCUGUGGACAUUAUGCUGAGCAGUCCACAAACUCAGCCUCUCCCACCACCUCAACCAAAAGCGCAGACAUCUCAUCAUCAUCAACCGGCGCAAAUGCAACCUCAACUGGCCACUCCCCGGGCAAAACCUAGCCCUCUCUCAUCCAUCGUCAACUCACCGGCAAUUAGCGCUCGCUCUCCGAGUAUUACCAAGAAAUCACCCGCGACCACGCCAAAAAGUAGGCCCCUAGACACUGUCCAUCUUAUGGUGGCAGUGGCCGAAGAGUGCUUUGAUAAGGCCCGUGGCUCUGUACACGAUGUCGCGAUGUCCCUAAACGCCACGCGAAUAGAUGAGUAUCAGAAACUGAUCUCGACAGGCCUGGCGUGUCUAGAGGCGUGUUUGCAAAGUAAUAGACUGUCUCCGCGUCAAGAAGCAAAGAUGCGAUUGAGAUACGCAACUGUAGUAUUAGAAGAGACGGAGAACCCAAUGGAAGCUGAGACGGCCGUCACAAAAGGCAUCUCUCUUUGCGAAAAGAAUGGCUUGGCCGAUCUCAAAUAUUGUAUGCAUUAUAUCAGAUUAAAGCUCUUAUUUCAGCGAAAUCACAAGGCUGCUUUGAACGCAGCUGAUCGACAAAUUGCUGACUGUGAAACCUACAAACAUAUACAAUGGGUUUAUGCUUUCAGAUUGUUGAAGGCUUCAUUUUACAUGGAGCUUGGUCAGACAGCUGACGCCAGUGCACUGGAGAACAUUCGCUCUAUCCAAGUUACAGCUAGCUCCCGUGGCGACGAUGCCCUGAGUGUGUUUGCCUUCAUUCUUGAAGGUCUUGCACUUCUCAAGGCUUCCAAAGAUGGCAACAUUGAAAAGGUCCAAGCCUGUAUUGCUCAAGUAGCAAAGUACCAGUGUGAACCAUCUAUUCAUAUCAUGCAACUCGAUAUGCUGACGCUGCUUCUGGAUCUUGUCUGCACUAUCAAUCACUCUGGCUUGGAUUUGAUACUUGAUAAGCUUAAAAUGUUGCAAGAUCGCAUGGAUGCGUGCACCGACUGGCACAGCGUCAAGUCCGAUUUUCUCAUUCCAGUCCAGAAGCAACCCUCCACGGGCCAUACCAUUAGUAGUGACACAGCAGGCAUCAUUCAAAGCGGAGAGGGUGUUCCAGAGGAUUUUCUAGUCAUGUCAUUCAUGACCAAAGUCGAGUUGAAUUCUCUUGUCUUCACUUUGACAGGUCUCGUGAAUAUGCACAAGUCAAGCGCACAUGGUCGACAGACAGCCGACUUCUUGAAUGAAGGCGUGAAAGCCCUGGAUACUUGGGACAAAGCGACAGCCGGGUUUAGGUAUGGACCGUCCAUCUCGUUGCAAGAUGCUAUUGCGCAACGUGAGUGGCGGCUGGAAGCUCAUUGCUAUCUCACCAUAUUACUUGGCCUAUACGCGGCUAGUCACUGCCAAUGGGACUUGGUAAAGCAAUACAUCGUGAAGCUUCAGGAUAUCAUGAUACCGUCUACACAGGGCAUCCUGCGUUUGCUGGCUAUCUACCUAUCGGGAGUGUUCGACCAAGGCACAGGGGAACUGGAUGCUGCUAUGAAUACUUUCCAAAAGCCUGACUUUGAUCUGAACCAGCGUGGAACCGGUGUCAAAGCCGCUCAUCGUGAGUUAGCAAUGCUAGCUGGUCUGAACAGGCUUUGGAUCAUGCAGCAUCCUUCAUACCGAAACGACCGAGCAACACUCGAUCUGAUCGAACAACUAAGGCCAUUAUGCCUAAACCACCACAAUGUCGACCUACGGACUGCUUGGCAUAACGUUAUGGCCGCUAUUAGCACCGAUCCACCUCAGCAGCUUAAUCAACAAAAACAACACAUUCAGUCUGCCAUGGCCGGAUCCAAGUCCACUAAGAAUGUACUAGGCGCAGCCGUCACACUCGCUAUCAUGCGCAGCCGUUUAUUCGAGAACGUCGUUGGUGAUCAAGCCCUGAAGAGCGCCCUAGCAGCAGCCAAGCAGGCUCAUCGUAGUGGCAACGUCCUGUGGCAGAGUGUUGCAGACGGUAUGCUUGCUCACUCAUAUGAAGUACAAGGCAAGGAAGAAGAAGCAGCGCAAGAAUGGGCGAGGGCGACUAGGGAAGCCCAAGAGGCAUUUGCAGGAAGUUUCUGA